AUGUCGUGCAAGAAAAAUGAUGUUGCUACUUUAAUCAAACAAAAUGAUAGAUCAAUUACAAUUCAAAAACCAAAAAAGACAUCGAAAUCAUCGCCAGUAUGGAAGCAAUUUAGUAUUGUUUUCGUGAACAGUGUACAACAAGAGUUGGUUAUUUGUGACAAUUGUAGAUACUUGUUAGUGUAUCGACAGAGAGAUGGUACAACAUGUAUGAUGAAACAUUUACGUUCAUGUCAAGGUAGUACAACAAGUUCGAAUAGCUGUUCCAGUCAACAAGCAAAGGUUACUGAAUAUUAUUCAUCAACAUCAACAUUAAAUAUUCCAAAAAGGAUCAAAGAAAAAGUCAAAGCAGCUUGCACAGAGUUUACGGCUUUAGAUUGUCGAGCGUUUGAAUUAGUUCGUGGUGAAGGUUUUUUGAAACUGGCUCAAUCGGUUUUUGAUGCUGGUCGACCUGUGAGUCAUUUGUCAAGCGUGAACAUUAAAGGUCUUAUUCCAUCUCCUAUUACAAUCAGUCGCGACAUCGAUCGUUUAUAUGAGGAAAAAAAGCUUCAAUUAGCAAAUCUAUGUAUGAACAUGUCAAGUUAUUCUGUAGUUUGUGAUUUUUGGACUGAAAGAUUCACCGGACUCUCGUAUUGUGGCUUAGCACUAAGUCAUGUUACAGAAGAUUAUCAAUUACAAAAUUUUGUUCUAGAUUGUGUAUUAUAUGAUGCAGAAUUGCCAUCGGCCAAUAAUAUUCGUACAUUUGUUGACUCACGAUUGUUAUCAUAUGGUUUAAUUUUAAAUGAUUCAAUUUUCGUAGUCACCGACAACGAAAAGAAAAUGCGAUCUGCAUUUAAAGAAAAAUGUACUCGAAUAGGCUGCUCUAUUCACUUCGUCAACAAACAAUUAGAGCAUAGUUUCACAUCAACUGAACUUGAUAAAAAACCAGUUGACUGUAAAAAUGCUCAAAAUCUUUUUCGAUAUGUAAGAACGAUUGCUACAUAUGUACGACGAUCUUAUCGACAGAUAAAACUGAAAAGAAAAUUACAGUUGUAUUCGGAUACCCGCUUUAAUGGUGUGUUUUACAUGUUGGAAGUUUUUCUCGAUGUUUAUGAUGAAUUACCAGGUGUUGUAAAUAAUGAUUUGAUCGAUUAUUUAACAGCAAUUGAUAAAGAUUUAUUAGAAGAAUUAUGUGAUUUUCUGAAACUAUUUGACCAAGCUAUUGAUGAAUUAAGUGAUGAAGAAAAACCAACUAUAUACAAAGUUAUACCUAUUCGACAGUUAUUACUUAAUCAUUGUGAAAUUAAAUGUGAUGAUAGUGAUGGACUUAAAGAAUUAAAAUUUUUUCUUGGUAAGUCAACACUUAGAUUGACUUUACGAUUUACUUCGAGCUGGGCUACUUUGACAUGA